UGAUGGUGGGGAUGGGCUACAACCUGGAGGAGAUCCAGGACUCUCUGGCCAAGAUGAAAUAUGACGAGAUCACAGCUACCUACCUGCUGCUGGGCAGAAAGGCCUCCGAGCUGGAGCCCAGCGAGUCGGCCUCCAGCAGCAACCUGUCUCUGGCCAAACCGCGGCCCAACAGCGAGCUCAACGGCCAGUCGCCCUCCCACCUCAAAGUCCAGAGGAGCGUCUCCUCCAACCACAAACAGAGACGUUACAGCGAACAAGUCGGUCAGAACGUCCCUCCGGGGAUGUCUCAUCCAAAGAGGAGUCAGACCACCACAGCGGAGAACAGCGCCAAGGAGGAGAGCGGAGUCCAGCUGCGUAAACCCAGCACCCCGGGGAGCCGCGGCGCUCCGCCCGCCAGCCCGCUGCUGGGCAACGCCAACAACCCCAACAAGGCCGACAUCCCCGACCGCAGGAAAGGCGCCACCACCGGCCCGAGCGUGAGUUAUUGUAUCAGUUUAAAUACAUCAACGAAUAUUAAUACACCUGCAGCGUUCUGAUGUUCAUCAGGAAAACAUGAAUUGUCUCUAACUGAACUAUGAAACCGAGCAAAAAACAAGCAUCUCAUGAGAAACAAAGAUCAACCAUUUCAUCCCAGAAAUCAGAAAAUAUUUAAAAGACACUGUCCUAUA